ACAAGGGGCUGAGGUAGACUAGUUCAGCUACGCAUAAAACAUUAGAUCAGAAAGUCUAUUGGAUUUAAAUGCCAUAUUUAUCCUCAAUAGAGUAUUUGGUCAAAGGCUCUGUUCAUGUCGUGUUUCUAAUACAGGAUUUUAAUAUAAACAACAUUAAGCUAAAAUUAUGUCAGAAGCAUAACUCGCCACUGGAACAUGGUACACAUCGCGAUCGGGUGUUUGCUAGCGUUGAAUUGAAAUUAAGGACAGAAAUUAAGAGCCACUCGGUCCUCAUUCUUCUAGAUUUGACGCUACAUGUUCGCCAAAGACUACACACGUCCCAAACUCACCAAUGACGCUUACAUGAAGUUUCGCGUAGCGCAGACGCUGGACUUCCUCCAGCCCGGCAGACCAGGACCAAGCGAGGUGAUUUGGCAGCCGCGAUCUAACAAGGACUUCCAGGAUGAAGAAUAUGAACCUGCUCGUGUAUCAGAUCGCAAACAUAUGUUUGAGAAACGAGGGGGAAAUUCGGGUAAAGCAAUGCGACCAAAAUUCUUCGAUCCAAGUGGAAAGAGCUCUGUCGCGCAACCACGGUAUGAAACACAAUAUCUGAGUACAAAACCCACAUCAGAACACCAGGGAGUUUCGUAUGUUUCUCCAGCAGUAUCCACAGGGGUAAAAGAUAGUUCCCUACGAAGACCACCACCAGCUAAUCUCAAAUCUUCCCCAAAAGGUACAACCCAGCGGGCUAACUACGAUAUGCCAACUCCCAAACCAUUUGGCAAAACGUACGUUCCAUCUCAAGUGGCGAUUCGUCCAGUGGGCUCGACUGAUCAAUUCUGGGACCAACAUGAGCAAAGAUAUAAGGAGCGGCUGCAACAAGAGAAUUACCAACACCAACAAGCUUCUCCAAGACAUGCGCAUGCGCAACAAGAUGAUUCUUCAGACAGCGGCGAUCUAGAUGAAGUUGAGGGCCCUAUGGUUGAGGAGGCACCGAGAUAUCGAACACUUCUAGAUCAACAACUGUCAAUUCUAAAAAGUUUAGAAGAAAGGCCCGUGUCCCCACCAGGUCCGGGAUUGCACAGACCGUCAACUUAUGUGCAGAGACAGGCCUCUAAAAGUAAAGCACCCCGUCAGGAAAGACCCAGGUCAACGCACGGGCGACCAGCGGAGCAACCCAUCUAUGCACCGAACAAUAGUGUUUUGCCGAUAGAUCCUGUCGAGGAAUAUACGGCCAACAACACUGAUGAUGCAUAUGGUCUCCAGACAUUUUCACAAACACACCCGGAUGUGCAAGACACCCAAGAGCGCAUGCGUCAAGAGAUUCUGCGACAAGCAGCCGCUACAACUCCAUACGGGCGUUCAAAAGAAUUUAGCCAGCUUAGGAAGGAUGCAAAACCCGCUCUGAAAUUAAUCAACUCCAUUGAAGAGCUCGAAUGGAAAAAGGGUAUAAAGUCACGUGUGCCUAGAUUAGCAUAUAUAACUGCAAUGAAGUCGCGUAGCAAUAUGAGGAGCCCACUUCGACAGUAUAACUCUGAACUCGAAGAAAUCAAAAAUAAGGAAGUUGGCACAAUAUAUAAGGUGGUGGCGUUUGAUCCUUACACUGGAGAACCGGGGUAUAAUAUUUACCAUAAGAAGAUUGAAACACCUUACCAGGGGAUUCUAUCUCUUGACACAUCGGACUUCUAAUAAAGUAAUUAUUGACAUUACUAAGUUGUGUCUGCAAAGUAUAUUCUGAAAAAAUGCCACCGAUUGUUAGCAAUAUUUGAUAAAGGCUUAGGUCAAAUGUCGUCGAAUUCUUAACAUUUCAAUUUCACUACUCAUUUUUCCUUUACGUUUUCCAGACCUCUCUCAGAAUUCUCAAAUUCAAACCUAAUUAACCAAUUUUGAAGAAACUCAAAGGUUAGAGGAAUCAUAUUGACCAUAUCUGACUAUUCUCUGACCGAGACAACUCUGUUAUAUUCAACUCUAUUAUCUUUUAACAUAUACAAUUAAUUUAUUGAUUUAUAUUAUCAUAUUACAAAAAUGAUACCACCACAAUGGUAUUAUUUUGGUACAGUAAAAUGUACAAAAUACUACAACAUAACAGAACGGUCAUGCAUUAAUCUAUUUCCUCUCCAGAAACCUUGGAUAGAUAAGGUAAUCAUCAUUCUGAUACUCAUAGCAUC